AAAAAAAAAAAAAAACGCCUAUGGAGGAGGAGUUAAAGCUUGAGAGAGACUAACGAAGAGAGAAGAUACUACUCCUUCCUUCCUUCCUUCCUUCCUUCCUUCUUCCGGCAAGUUCUCUGAAGAGCUUGAGAAGAGAAGUUGUGAUUUCUUAACUCUUUUGACCCACCCGCCCAUUCAUUGAUCCACCCCAUCAAUCGUUGCGUUCUAUUUCUCCAUAUCUCUCUCUGUCUUCGCCGCAAUUUUCUCGCUUCCUGACAAAAAAAACAAUACAAAAUUUUCUUCUUCUCCACUCUCUCUUUCUCUCUCGAUUAGGGUUCUUCUUCUUCUGGAGAUAAGAGUGAGAUUUUGAUUUACCGCAAAAAUCGAAUGUGUUGCUGCUGAUUUUUGGUUCUCUAUUAUUGGGCGUGAGACGGCGUUCGUUUAUGGAUCUGACUGGAGGAUUUGGAGCUAGAUCCGGCGGCGGUGGUGGACCUUACCGGGAACCAAUAGGCCUUGAAUCGCUUCAUCUCGGCGACGAGUUUCGGCAACUUGCGACUACGACGUUAACUCCUGAUAACGCCGGUGGUUCUUUCACGGCUUUGCUUGAGCUUCCUCCUACACAAGCUGUGGAGCUUCUCCAUUUCACUGAUUCCUCCUCUUCUUCUCAAGCCGCCGCCGCCACGACAGGGAUCGGUGGUGGAGAUAUUAUUAUUACUCCUCCUCCUCCUCCGCCGCCGCCGCUUCACUCUUUCGGUGGGACGACAUUGACUUUUCCUUCUAACUCAGCUCUCAUGGAGCGAGCUGCUCGUUUCUCUGUGAUUGCCACUGAGCAACAACAGAACAACGGUAAUAAUAAUAAUGAGACUCCCACGAGCUCUGUACCUUCCAAUUCCAGCGAUAGAGUCAAGACCGAGCCUCCUGAGACUGAUUCAACUAUGGAGAAUCAAUCCCUUUGCCCUAAUCAGACUAAUCGAUCUGGCAAGAGGAAAGAUUUCGACAAGAAGGUUAAAAGCUCGACGAAGAAGAACAAAAUCUCAGAAGAGACCGAGAAGCUACCGUAUGUUCACGUUAGAGCUCGCCGUGGUCAAGCAACCGAUAGCCAUAGCUUAGCAGAACGAGCAAGAAGGGAGAAGAUAAAUGCACGAAUGAAGCUGCUACAGGAACUGGUCCCAGGCUGUGAUAAGAUUCAAGGUACCGCGCUGGUGCUGGAUGAAAUCAUUAACCAUGUCCAGUCAUUACAACGUCAAGUGGAGAUGCUAUCAAUGAGACUUGCUGCCGUAAACCCAAGAAUCGACUUCAAUCUCGACACCAUUUUGGCUUCAGAAAACGGUUCUUUAAUGGACGGUAGCUUCAGUGGUACAGCAAUGCAGCUUGCUUGGCCUCACCAAGCCAUAGAGACCGAACAGUCCUUUCAUCACCGGCAACUGCAACCACCACCACCACCGCAACAAUGGCCUUUUGACGGCUUGAAUCAGCCAGUAUGGGGAAGAGAAGAGGAUCAAGCUCAUGGCAAUGAUCACAGCAAUUUGAUGGCGGUCUCUGAAAAUGUAAUGGUGGGUUCUGCUAAUUUGCACCCAAAUCAGGUCAAAAUGGAGCUGUAAGUUGGGAAAACAAUAGUAGAUCAAGAAUGUGUAUAUAUAUCGUAUAAGCUCGUUUCUCUCUAUAUAUAAUCUCAUAAAUAUAUAAGAAUUAGAUAUCUGUUAAGGUGUCGUUCAUUUGAUUCAGAGAGACAAAACUGGUAUGAUUGUUUCUUAUUCUUUACCAGAAUAUAUACGUCUCUGCACUUGCUCAAGAAGAGUAGAGUAUGAUCAUUUUAUCUUAUUUAUAUAUCUUACGUGUAAUAUAUAGAGAUAAAGCAUCUAUUUAAGGAA